UCAUAAUGUUUCGAUACUAUCCAUAGUAUUGUCCUUUAUUGAUAGUUUUGUCUUUUUGACUUAAAACGUCGGUAGUUAAACUAUCGAUAUUUCGGCAACACUAGGUACCCCGAGUACUUGUUUACUAAAUCCAUGGUCGGUAGUGUUGCCUUUGGCUUUCGAAAUCUAUUCUCUCAUUUCUACAAACUAUUCGUGAAAAGCCUUUUCUAUAGUCUUUGACAUGCAUGCUUGACAUUUCUUUUUGACUAAGACUUGACCUGACUUGACAGUCUAAGGACUUGACUGACAUUUUGUGACGUCAAUUUAUUAGUCACCGUUUUUACAAAACCUAAACGGAAUUUAAUGAUAAAUUUCGAGGUGAAUAAAGGGCGUAAUACAUUUUAGUUGAUAUUAUAAGCUAUUCCCUAUCACAUCAUGUCAUCUCGCAAGACUGCCGGCCGCCGUGGCACUAACAAGAAGCGCGCUCAGCGUGCCACCUCCAAUGUAUUCGCAAUGUUUGACCAGGCACAGAUUGCAGAGUUCAAGGAGGCCUUCAACAUGAUCGACCAGAACCGAGACGGAUUCGUUGACAAAGACGACCUCCAUGAUAUGCUAGCUUCUUUGGGAAAGAACCCCACUGAAGAUUAUUUGGAAGGUAUGAUGAAUGAGGCUCCAGGCCCCAUCAACUUUACUAUGUUCCUGACGCUUUUCGGGGAGCGUUUGCAGGGCACUGAUCCUGAGGAUGUCAUUAAAAAUGCAUUUGGCUGCUUUGAUGAGGAGAACAUGGGUGUGAUUGCCGAGGAGCGUCUCCGCGAGCUGCUGACCACGAUGGGUGACCGCUUCACCGACGACGACGUGGACGAGAUGCUGCGGGAGGCGCCCAUCCGCGACGGGCUCUUCGACUAUGUGGAGUUCACGCGCAUUCUCAAACACGGCGCCAAGGACAAGGACGAGCAGUAAGCUGGCGAUGCGGGCGGGUACGAACAAAGACAAUGAAAACUAAAGACUGGCUGGCGUACCCAAUUGUAAUUGAAGAUUUCUAUACAACUUUCAUGCUUCCAUCUCAUACAAAGAGGCAGAUUUGGCCUUGUAAAACUAGGCACGUAGUGAAGGAAUAAAGAUAUUAGCACCAUUAGCCGUUUUUGUGUCUAUUUCUAGUAUGCAUUUUUUUCUUGUACGAGCAAUGAUGUCAAAUGUCUAUAGUUUUCUCUGUCAGUUAUGAUGCAUUCACUUCUAUCAUAUUUUUUAAAAACUCUGUAGUGUAUGUCAUUCAUUUCCAAAUUAUGUUGGAAAAUGUUGUUAACCCAUAAUAAUUUGAACAAAAUCAAGUGUGAUAUGCUUGAUAGAGGUAAAUUUCAACUUAAGUACUUAUUUUGAAAACUUAAUACCCGCCCAAAUUUACAUAUUGAUUAUUGCCAAAUUUUGUAUUGGUAUUAUAUUAAGAUUUAUUAUAAAGCUAUGUUUGUUCUAAAUCAGAAACAGUAUAAUCUCGAAUUACAGACUGAGGUGCUAAAAUACCGUUUAUUAACAUUGCAUUUUCGAAAUGGCGUGUUUUAUAUACCAUGCAUUUCUCAAUAUGAUUCCAUGUAUAACAUGUAACUGAAAUUGAAAAUUUUAUUUUUUGUUCUUUCUGAUUUGAAAUUUUCUUAAUAAUGUGAUUGAUCAGAAGUAUUAGAAUCAUUCCCGAAGUAAGAGAUUGAUUAAUUCAGUAAUAUUUUUUAAUGAAGUAUAUAUUUUAACUUAAGUUCAUAAAAUUUGUUUUAAAUUAUGAAUUAUUAGUUUAGGAGAUGAUAGCUAUCGUAAUAUGCAAGCGUGUGUGUUACAUAGAUAUAAAUAAUCAUGUACCUAUGUAUGUAUUUAUUAAGCCAUAUUAUAUUACUAAUUUUUACCAUAUAA